AUGAAAGUUAAGUUAAUCUCUACACUGAUCCUUUGUGUCCCCACUGAAGCGGGAAAAUUCAUGGUUUAUUGUGAUGCAUCCAAAAAUGGCUUGGGGUGUGUGUUGAUGCAAAAUGGAAAAGUAGUAGCUUACACGUCGAGAAUGCUCAAGGAUGAUGAACAGAGGUAUCCUAUUCAUGAUCUAGCUUUGGCAGCAGUAGUAUUCACACUAAAGAUAUUGAGACGAAACCCAUACAAUGACAAGUGUGAGAUUAACAAUGACUAUAAGAGUCUGAGAUACUUCUUCACCCAGAAAGAGUUGAAUAUGAGACAACGGAGGUGGUUAGAACAAUUAAAAGACUAUGAUUGCAAAAUUCUAUACCACCCAGGCAAGGCCAAUGUAGUGGCUGACGCAUUGAGCAGGCAGGGAGAUGGAAGUGUCUCAGCCCUAAGUACAAUUGAAGCACCAUUGCAAAUGGAGAUCAUUAGUGUUGGGAUAGAGUUUCUAACAGAAGGCCUAGAAAACAUCACCCUACAAUCCACACUGCUAGAAUAUAUUAGAGAAUGGCAAAAAGUAGAUGAAGCCUACUUCUUUGCAAUACAUGGUAUCACAAAAAGUUUUUCUGCGGUUGCUCAUCCUCAAGCAACUAGACAAGUUGAAGUUGUCAACAAGACUUUGAAAGAUAUAUUGAAGAAGUGGCUCGAGCAAGCUAAAGGCAACUGGUCUGAUAUAUUUCCAACAGUUCUAUGGUCAUAUCGCACUACUACUCGUACAUCAAUUGGUCAUACACCAUUUUCCUUGGCAUAUGGGUAUGAAGCAAUGAUACCUGUUGAAUUGACCCCCCCUCCCCAUCGCAUUGAUGAAGUACAUAUGACCAAGCUUAGAAUCAUCAAUUGUUAG